CCUCAGCUUCAUCCAGGGCAUCUGUGGACACACUGGACAGAACCAGGUCUGACCCCACCUCUAUGGAAACAAGAUUUCGGAGGCUCUGCUGGAAGCGAGCUUGGUACUUGGAGAUGGCACCACUGGAUGUUAUGAAGGAAGUCUUUAAAAGGCCAUGACAGCUCAAGUGGAUUCUAAGGAAAAAUGGAGGAUUUUUUUUUUUUUUAAGCCACUUCUCUGGAACUGUAGAACUGAGUGUAUAAAAAGGUUUGCAAGAGAAGAUGGAGCUCAGAGCCCUGCACACUUCACACAGCAGCAGAGAUUCUCCAGGUCUGAGGAAAAGAAAUUUUGCAAGAAGACAAGUCUUUGCCUCAGUUUGAGACUGAAAACACACAGCAGAUUGAGCAGAUCCUCUGUGAAGGUUACCCACUAAUUGCCAGAAUUUUAAGACAAGCAUGAAUACUGCAAUCCAGUGCAUCGUUCUCCUGGCCUGCACCAUCAUUUGCACCCCAGCAGGUUCAAUUCGAUGCUUGUGCGUCAACACAAUCAGUGCUGUGGAUCCCAAGCGCAUUGCUGGUGUGGAGGAGUACGGUCUUCGUCCAUACUGCAACAAGAAAGAGGUCAUUGCCAGGCUCAAAGACGGCACCAAAAGAUGUCUUGACCCGGCAGAGAAAUUCACCAUAGCUCUCGUGCAAGUGUUCAAGAACUGGGCCAACCGUGCAGCUGAGAUGAACGCCACCAGCCCGGGAACCACCAGGUCACCACGGACAUCUACGACGACCACCAUGGUGCCAACGUCACCGUAAUGCAAUCUGUGCUCGUGUUUGCCCUUGUUACACUACUAAAAACAAGGUGUUGAUGUGAAGAAAUGGAUCAGCACACCUUCCCAAAGUUAGGGUAUGGUCGUUGUGGUUUCUGCUUUGUUUAAACAAAUAAUAAUAAUAAUAAUAAUAAUAAUAAUAAUAAUAAUAAUAAUAAUAAUAAUAAUAAUGAUAAACACGCCUUAUAAUACUGAAACAAGUUAACUUGCUUUUUUGAGCCAAAAAGGACAGUAAGUGAUGUGGUUAACAACACAUAUACAACUAAGUGUUUGCAGGUUUAGGAGAGAGUUUGUAAUGUCAGGAAAUGUUAUUUACCCAGAGGAUUCUUCUGGAUUUUGGUGGAAUUGCUUAUUUCCUUGUUUCUUCAGCUUAUACACGCUGAGGAAACUGGUGUAUUCAUGCUGAGACACUGCCUAAAGACGGACUACAUUGUUAUUCAGGAGAGAUUGUCUUUCUUUCUUUCUUUUUUUUUUUUUUCCCUUAAACGUGACUAUAUCGUUUGUGUUCACGAUAAAAUCUUUUUCACCAAAUCACGUAGCACAUUAUAACUGUCGACUUUACGCUGUUCUGUAGAGGCAUUGUUUGUGAGGUGAUUCAAAGCUGGCGGGCAACAGUUCAGAAAAAUAACUGGUCAAUGGAAACUGUGAUUUUUAAUGGUUCAUAUGUUGGUGACUACGAGGAAUGUUCAGUUGUUGAUUCUAGCGGGCCCCCUUUUUUGUUUUGUUUUGUUUUUAUAACAAGCGGUACAUGCCUGCAGCGUGUGGAUGCGCAUUUGUAUUAAAAGUGAGUGAAAGAGGAACUGCAGGAUGAAUUGUUUGCUGUAAUGGGUCAUUUAGAAUCAGCAGGAGGAAUCACUUAAAAGUUCCUCGUAGUCACUUUGAAGUGCACUUGUUUUUGUAAUCCGAAGGGUUUCUCUCUAUAUUUUUUUAUCAGAAACUAUUUAUGUACAUAUGUAUAUCAUAUUCAGUAUGUGUGCCGUGUUUUCUUUUUCAAGCCUGAGAUGAUAUCAGACAGUACUGACUGCCGUGUGCCACUGCUGCUGCUGAUGUUCCACAAAACUGAAAUAAAUCUGAGAGACUGACAAAAA